AUGACAUACGAGUUUCCACAACGCAUACUUGAAGAAGGAUUUGAGACGCAAAUUGAUAAGAUUAACAACACGUGUAGACGUACAAUUCUGGAGGAAGUGAAGGGUGUUCUCAACAUUGAGUAUGAGGAAGUUUUGAAAGAUCCUGUCUUCGGUCCGCUUUUGGCAAUCAUAGAGAACAAGCUCAUCUACUCAAGGAAGAUCAUUCACAGCUUCAUAUGCAAGCAGCUCAAGGUUUCGAAGCUUCACGAGCUGUGGUUUCUAUUUGCAAAGAGGCUUCUUAGGUUUUCUGCGCAAGAAUUUCAUGCUGAUGAUAAGAGGUUCUGGAGCAAUGUGCUGAGGAAAAAUAGAAAGGUCAACUUAUUCAUGAUAAGGACGAAGCUUCUUCACGAAUGCAACAAGUGGACGUAUGUGGACAGGGUUAGGUUAGUGUAUUUGUGUGUCAUACAUGGAUUCCUCAUAGCUAAGGAUUCAAGAGUGUUCAUCCCUCAUGAAUACAUCCGUUUGGUGAUGGAUUUUGAGAAGAUGAGGAUGUAUCUGUGGGGUCUUCACGCGUAUGACGAGCUGCUUGCAUCAAUACCCAAAGCAAGGAGAGAUGUGCAUCUGAAGAACAGUUACGUGUUGGAUGGAUUCUCCUAUGCGUUUCAUAUAUGGGUUAUGGAGGCAAUCCCAGACAUUGGUAGUAUGGUGGGUAAAAAGAUCAAAAAGUACAUGACUAAAGGAGAGUUGUUCCCAUUUAUAUCUGCUACUAGGAACAAUGAUGUGGUUGAUAGCACUGAGUUCUAUAGGGAAGAUGAGAAGAAAGAUGAACGAGUUGGUCGUAUUGUUACUCUUCUCAAUGCCAAACAGGAUUGGACGGAAUUCGUAUGGGAAGUCGAGGCUUUGCCUCCAACUUUGGAGCUUUCUGAUUCAGAAAAGGAUGGAGAGAAUGUUGAAGUCGAAGAUGUCACAGAUACACAUGUAGAGGAACCGGCUAUUGUUGCGAGAAGGGGCAAACGUAAGCUAAAUGAUCCUAGUGCGGAGGCUCGAAAGAAAGAACUGCUUUGUCAACGGACGGCUGAACAUAACAGUGGUAUCUCCAGUGGAAUGAAGACUUUCAUUGAAGGUUUGUUCACCUCUGCUUUCAACUCUUUCAAGGAGGUGGUGCAGAAUGACAUCCAAGAGCGUUUUGAGAAGGUCCAGAAAGAGAUGGCUGAGCUCAAGCAAGCGGUGUCACAGAUUCCGGGUCCUUCUGAUACAGUGGGAAAAGACAGCGCUUCUGAGAUUCCUUGUCCUUCAGCAACAAUGGGGAAAUCAUCACAGAGUCUGUGUCCUGCAGCAACAAAGGAAAAAGGCAAAGGCAACGUUGAGGAGAGUGUGGUUCCUCCUACGGAGAUUGAAACCGAAACUGAUGAUAUGAUGGAUUUUUUGAAGAAUUUGUCACAAUCAUCUACCCAUGGGGAACCUUCAUCGAAAAAAAAAGAAAUGAGCACACAAGAGUAUUUACAAGACGCCAUGGGGAACCUUUCUCAAGUAUCACAUGUUAAAGGUUUCGAUCCCUCACAAAAAACGAGUGAUGAAGAAUCACCUAAAUGGGUUACUACAUUAUCAUCCUUGAAGCCUGAAGAUUAG